AUGACUGUAGUUACUAAUAUAGUAGCCGAAAAUAUUCCGACAACCAACUUCAAGUUCGUUUCUUUCGACACAAUAAAGAAGAAUGGUUACACAAAUGUAAUUGGCCAUGUGGUAGAGAAGGGGCAUAUAAAGGAGGUCACUACAAAAGGAGAGAAAAGCAAGCUUUUGGAUGUUAUUUUGCAAGAUUUAGAGAAAAAUACAAUUAAAUGUACUUUAUGGGAAGCAUUUGCUCAACAAAUUGAUGCAUAUGUAAUGAAUGCUGACCAAAAUGGAUCUACUGUGGUCAUACUUCAGUGUUUCAGGGCUAAAACUUAUUGUGGAACCACGAGUUUGUCAAAUGUUCGACAUGGAUCACAACUACUGAUCGAUCCGAAUUUGAAAGAAGUUUUAGACUACAGGUGUAGGCUUGCGUUGAGCGAAGAAGUCUAUGUCCCAUCAAUUAGUCAAUUAUCGUCCCAACUUUCUUUGACUCGAUCGUACGAUCCACUCCAGGCAGAUAGAAUGACCAUAGAUGAGUGUGUUGAGAGUACAAAGGUUUGUGUUGGAUCCGUGCUGGCGAAAAUUAUGGAAAUCGAGUCGGCAGCUAAUUGGUGGUUCAGAGUUCAGGUGAGUGCCAUUGAUAGUACUGGAUCGACUUCAUUCGUAAUGUUUGAUCGUAUUGUCAUGCAAUUAAUUGGACAAAGUGCUUCAGAACUCCUAGGUGGUGCAUCAAACAAGAAACCAGUGUUUUCGCAUGGACAAUUAUAUGUUGCUAUCUCAAGAGUUACGAGUCGAAGAGGCUUGAAGAUACUUAUUUGUGACAACGACGGGAACACCUCCAAUACUACUACGAACGUCGUUUAUAUAGAAGUUUUCCAAAAUCUGAGCUAA